UGAAAUCACAACAAACUUAUGAGGCAAUGACUUUGUUCAGCACUGAACAACUUAGGAAAGCUACUAAUAAUUAUUCUCAAGAGAAAGUUAUUGGUAAAGGUGCCUAUGGUAUAGUGUACAAAGGAGUUUUGUCGGACAAACGUGUAGUUGCAAUAAAGAAGUCUAAGUUAGUUGAUGCGACCCAAGCAGAGCAAUUCAUCAAUGAACUUAUGAUUCUUACACAAGUCAUUCAUCGAAAUGUGGUAAGGAUAUUAGGUUGUUGCUUAGAAGAGGAAGUUCCGGUACUAGUUUAUGAAUACAUCUCCAAUAACACUCUUUUCCAUCACAUUCAUCACAAAGUGGGUGGCAUGAAUUGGUUAUCUUGGGAAAAUCGCUUGAGAGUAGCCACCGAAGCUGCAAGCGCACUUGGAUACCUUCAUUCAGAAAUAUCUAUGCCAAUCAUACACAGAUAUGUCAAGUCAACCAACAUACUGUUAGAUGAAAACUACACAGCAAAAAUUUCAGAUUUUGGUGCAUCAAGGUUAGUCCCAUUAGAUCACGACCAGGUAACUACUCUUAUUCAGGGAACGCUAGGGUAUUUGGAUCCAGAAUACUUCAACUCAAGCCAACUAACCGAGAAAAGUGAUGUAUAUAGCUUUGGAGUGGUCCUUGCAGAACUCAUAACCGGGAAAAAGGCCAUUGGUGUUGAUAGAACCAAUGAAGAAAAGAAUCUAGCUACAUAUUUUGUCAAUUCAAUUAAAGGAAACCGCUUAUUUGAAAUUGUAGAACCUAGACUUUUGCGUGAAGGGAAUCUUGAACAGUUGGAAGCAGUAGGGAAUCUGGUAAAGAGAUGCCUUAGUUUUGUAGGUGAUGACAGGCCAACAAUGAAAGAGGUGGCAGUGGAGCUAGAGGGCUUGAAAAAGUUCACAAUUCAUCCUUGGGUUCAACAACAAACAAGUAAUGAGAAUAGAAACUUAGUCCAAGUAGUUGAACAAUCGGAUCUGUACGAUUCCCCGUUAAUUUAUGCUAGUAAUGAAUGGGAGUCGUAUUCAGGCAUUACAAAUUUGGCGCUUGAAGAAAACAACCCACGUUAG